AAAAAUCAGCUGAUUCUGACGGAUUGACCAGAGAUUGUCACUCAAAGUGAGAGAGACUGAAAACCUUGGCGCAUAGAUAAAUUCAAUUUGAUCGCAUAUAAAACGUAAAAUUAUGUCAAUAUUGUUGCUCAAGCGAAUAAAAUUUAGUGCAAAUGCUACAGAGGCUGCCAUGCUCAUGGGAUACUUUCGAAGCUAUUCCCGGAAAAGUGAUCCCAAAAACAUUGAUUCCUCGUACAAAAUUGUGAAAAUCCGUGACUUUCAAGACGAUGGGGGACCCCUUGGUGGAGAAGGAGGAUCUCUGGCACUGUUUUCUCCUAGUCGUUUCUACUUGCCUGGAUCCCUGGGACCAGCUUGGCUGACGCAAUCUAGCACAAUAUCAACUAAUAUCAUCCUCGAGGAUCUUGUAGAUUUCCAGUCAAAAUCCCUCAAUAAGUUCCACGUUUCUUGCCAAAAGUGUCCCCUUUUGAUAAGAAAUACCCUCAAGGAGCUCUUCCCUACAGUUCCUGAGGCAGCUUCGGCUAAUGAAGUCACCCUGUUAACCCUGACAUCGCCCACAGAGACAGAAAUCAGUGCGAAAAGUUUUGUCCUCGUGGCCAGAGAAAUCUGCAGUCGACUGAGACAUACAGGACACUGGGCAGACUUUAUCAAUCCCUUCAGUGGGAAACCCUUCUAUUCCUACAGUGGAUCCGAUCUCUACACCAUCGACGAGAGAUUCCGGGGAUUCGGGAUGAAGAUUGAGGAUGCGAAUCAAUGCAGAGUCAUCAGUGCAGACAACGAUUUAACAUUCUCCGGUAAUGUGUUCACAAAUGCUCCAGCUAGUUUGGACAUCAUUCGUUCCCUUUUGGAUGAAUAAUAGGUUUUUACACCUCCUUUUCUCUCUUUUGGAUCCCUACGUGCAUCCCGCGUGAAAGACAUGAAAAAUCGCCUCAAAGUCAAGUGUACAAGAACUUGUAGAUAAAUUGUAAAUUAUUCUUGUAAACAAAUUUGUAUUCUUAAGGCACGUCA